UCAAGUUUAUUUAGCGAACCAUCUGGAUUGAUUGUAAACCGGAUAAGAGAAACUGCACGUCUCUGACGGAACCUGAAGGAUGGAGACUACGCUAGCCAAAACGUCAUGGAAAAGGCAAGUUAUCUUUCUUGUUAUAUUAUUGCUUUUGUGGGAGGCUGGCUCUGAAACGAUUAAGUAUUCCCUGCUAGAAGAAACAGAAAGUGGCUACUUUGUGGCCAAUCUGGCAAAAGAUCUUGGGCUCACUGUGUGGGAACUAGGCGCUCGGGGAGCGCGAAUCCAUUACAAAGGAAACAAACAGCUCUUGCAGCUCAAUACAAAGACAGGGGAUUUACUUCUAUACCAAAAACUAGACCGAGAGGUGCUGUGUGGAGAGAUGGAUCCCUGUAUUCUGCAUUUCCAAUUGCUACUGGAAAACCCUGUGCAGUUUUUUCAAGUUGAUCUGCAGCUCAUAGAUAUAAACGAUCAUUCUCCUGAGUUCCUAGAGAAAGAAAUGCUCCUAAAAAUUCCGGAAAGUGUCCUGCCAGGAACUGUGUUUCCUUUGAAAAUAGCUCAGGACAUCGACAUAGGUAACAAUACUAUUCAGAACUAUGCAAUAACUCCAAACUCCUAUUUUCAUGUUGUCACUCAUAAUCGCGGAGAUGGUAGAAAAUAUUCAGAACUGGUGCUAGACAAAGCGUUGGACCGGGAAGAGCUGCCGGAGCUCAGUUUAACGCUCACGGCAUUGGAUGGUGGGACUCCCCCCAGAUCAGGGACCACAGCACUCCGCAUUGAGGUCAUGGAUAUUAAUGACAAUGCCCCUGAGUUUCUACAGUCACUCUAUUCAGUACAAAUACCCGAGAACAGUCCUCUUAACUCCUUAAUUGUCACUGUGUCCGCCCAAGAUUUAGAUGCUGGAACAUAUGGAAAAGUAGCCUACUCUCUAUUCCAAGGUGAUGAUGCCACCCAACCCUUCGUAAUAGACAAUAUAACAGGAGAAAUUCGUUUGAGAAGGGCAUUGGAUUUCGAGACAACUAGAUACUAUAACUUGGAAAUUGAAGCCACAGAUGGUGGGGGUCUCACAGGAAAAUGUACUGUGGCAAUAGAGGUGCUGGAUGUGAAUGACAAUGCCCCAGAGCUGACCAUGUCCACACUCACCACAUCCACCCCAGAAAACUCACCAGAAACUGUAGUUGCUGUUUUUAGCGUUUCUGAUCAAGAUUCUGCGGACAACGGAAGGAUGGUUUGUUCCAUCACAGAUGAUCUCCCUUUUCUCUUGAAACCAACAUUCAAGAAUUUUUAUACACUAGUAACAGAGCGCCCGCUGGACCGAGAGAGCCAGGCAGAGUACAACAUCACCAUCACGGUGACAGACAUGGGCACCCCCAGGCUGCAAACAAAGCACACCAUCACAGUGCUAGUGUCCGACGUGAACGACAACGCCCCCGCCUUCAGCCAGCCCUCCUACACCCUGCUGGUGGGCGAGAACAACAGCCCCGCACUGCACAUAGGCAGCGUGAGCGCCACUGACCCGGACGCAGGUAGCAACGCCCAGGUGACCUACUCGCUGCUGCCUUCCCAAGACCCACAGCUGCCGCUCGCCUCGCUGGUGUCCAUCAACGCCGACAACGGGCAGCUGUUCGCGCUGCGCUCGCUGGACUUCGAGAUCAUGCGCGCCUUCGAGUUCGGCGUGGGCGCGUGGGACCGCGGCUCGCCCGCGCUCAGCAGCCAGGCGCGGGUGCGCGUGCUGGUGCUGGACCGCAAUGACAACGCGCCCUUCGUGCUGUACCCGCUGCAGAACGCGUCGGCGCCCUGCAGCGAGCUGGUGCCCAGGGCGGCAGAGGCGGGCUACCUGGUGACCAAGGUGGUGGCGGUGGACGGCGACUCGGGCCAGAACGCCUGGCUGUCUUUCCAGCUGCUCAAGGCCACGGAGCCCGGGCUCUUCAGCGUGUGGGCGCACAAUGGCGAGGUGCGCACUGCGCGGCCGCUCAGCGAGCGCGACGCGCCCAAGCACAGGCUGCUGGUGCUGGUCAGGGACAAUGGCGAGCCGCCACUGUCGGCCAGCGUCACGCUGCACGUGCUGCUGGUGGACGGCUUCUCGCAGCCCUUCCUGCCGCUGCCCGACGCGCCGCCCGACGCGCCUUCCGAUGACCGCCUCACAGUCUACCUGGUGGUGGCCUUGGCCUGCGUGUCGUCGCUCUUCCUUUUCUCCGUGCUGGCCUUCGUGACCGUGCGCCUGUGCAGGCGGGCCGGCCCGCCCGCUGGGGGCCCCUACCCGCUGCCCGACGCUCACUUCCCGGGACAUCUGCUGGACGUCAGUGGCGCUGGGACCCUGUCGCACAGCUAUCAGUAUGAGGUGUGUCUGGCGGGGGGCGCUGGCAUGAAUGAGUUCAAGUUCCUCAAGCCCAUUCUGCCCACCUUCCCGCCCCAGGACACUGGCGAAGCAGCAGAGGAAAACCCCACCUUUAGGAAUAGCUUUGGGUUCAAUUAGGAAUCUAACCAUGAUACGUGUUUUGGACAUUAUCUCUCAGUUUCCUCGAGAUUUUGUGAGAGUAUUAUGGGCAAAAAUUCCACCUAUAGAUA